AUGCAUUUUAUAUACGGUAUACCUAUUUGUCCAUUAUGUCCAUUAUAUACUGAAGAAUCGAUAAAUGAUUUUCAAAAUCAUGAUGAACCAACAUUUAAAAGAGUUUCUUUGUUUUCUAAAAAAUUGCAAGAAAGUUUUUCAAAACAACAUGAUAAUGAUAGUAAUGAUGAUAAUGAAAAACGAGAUGAAGGAUUUGAUGAAAUAUCGUUAAAUAUUGAAUUAAGUCCAAAUGCGUUCAAUGAUCCACGUGGGUCAAUAGUAAAUAACAGUCCAUAUAAAGAAGAUGGAACAAUAUCAAAAACGGGAAACAACGGAAACAGUAUAAUUCAUCAAAAUUUAGUACAUAUUCAUCAAUUAUUUCAAGAUAAUAUUCAAAUAUCUGAGAAUAAUCGAGAAAAUUCACAUUUUAUUAUUCAAUUUACGACUGAAGAACAUUUUACAGAGAUUGGAGUUGAACCAAAUAAUGCAUUUUAUAAUUGUAUUGAUAGUGCACCUGAUAUACCAGAACGAGGAAAGGCGGCACCAUUGGAUAGUAUUCGAUUGGAUAUGGGACUAUCGGCAGGUAAACGAUCAGCCGGUGUUUCUAGUGCAAUUGGACGACAUAACUUAAAUGAUGAAGAACUACGUACACAUGUAUAUAAAAAAACGUUACAAGCUCUUAUUUAUCCCAUAUCUCUUACUACUCCACACGAUUUUGAAUUUUAUAAUUUUACUCAUCCAACUUAUUGCUAUGAAUGUGAAGGUCUACUAUGGGGCAUUGCAAGACAAGGUCUCAAAUGUUCAGAAUGUGGAGUCAAAUGUCAUGAAAAAUGUAAAGAUUUAUUAAAUGCCGAUUGUUUACAACGACGUGCUCAAAAGAAUGUUAAACAUGGUGCUGAAGAUAAAGCUAAAAAUUUAAUGGAAGCUAUGCAUGAAAAAAUGACUGUAAGAGAACGAACAAAACCAGCUAUAUUUAAAACAAUUAGGGAUGUAUUUAAUGUUGAUGAAAAAUCUCAUGUUGGUCAUAUGAAAGCGGUAAAACAAAGUGUGCUCGAUGGUACAUCAAAAUGGUCAGCUAAAUUAGCUAUAACUGUGAUAAGCGCUCAAGGUUUAAUAGCCAAAGAUAAAUCUGGCACUAGUGAUCCAUAUGUAACUGUUCAAGUUGGAAAAGUGAAAAAACGAACGAAAACAGUUUAUUCAGAAUUAAAUCCUACAUGGAAUGAAAAAUUUUUCUUUGAAUGUCAUAAUUCUUGUGAUCGUAUCAAAGUUCGUGUGUGGGAUGAAGACAAUGAUAUUCGUUCAAAACUAAAUCGUCGAUUAAAUCGUGAAUCUGACGAUUUUUUGGGUCAAACAAUCAUUGAAGUUAGGACAUUGUCGGGAGAAAUGGACGUUUGGUAUAAUUUAGGUACAAAAUUCAAAUGGAAGGAUGAAGAUGAUGAUAUUCGUGCUAAAGUAAUGCAAAAAUUAACGAGAGAAUCAGAUGAUUUUUUGGGUCAAACAAUAAUUGAAGUUCGAACAUUAUCAGGAGAAAUGGAUGUCUGGUAUAAUUUAGAAAAACGUACCGAUAAAUCGGCUGUUAGUGGCGCUAUUCGUUUACAUAUUAGUGUAGAAAUAAAGGGUGAAGAAAAAGUUGCUCCAUAUCAUGCACAAUAUACAUGUUUACAUGAAAAUUUAUUUUAUACGUUAUGCGAGACAAACAAUGGCCAACCAAUUAUACCAGAAGCAAAAGGAGAUGAAGCAUGGAAAGUAUAUUUUGAUGAUCCGUCACAAGAAAUUGUUGUUGAAUUUGCGAUACGUUACGGUGUUGAAUCAAUCUAUCAAGCAAUGACUCAUUUUGCCUGUCUUUCAAUAAAAUAUAUGUGUCCCGGUGUUCCAGCAGUAAUGUCAACACUUCUAGCAAAUAUAAACGCUUAUUAUGCACAUACAACAGCAACAACAGCUGUGUCAGCUGCUGAUAGAUUUGCCGCAUCUAAUUUUGGGAAAGAUAAAUUUAUUAAAUUACUUGAUCAAUUACAUAAUUCUAUUCGAAUUGAUUUAUCUAUGUUUAGAAAUAAUUUUCCAUCGUCGAGUCCUGAUCGAAUGCAAGAUUUAAAAUCCACUGUAGAUCUAUUGACAAGUAUUACAUUUUUCAGAAUGAAAGUACAAGAAUUAUCCAGUCCACCACGUGCAAGUGGUGUAGUAAAAGAUUGUGUUAAAAAUUGUAUUCGUCAUACAUAUCAUUUUUUAUUUGAUAAUUGUGAUGAAGUUUAUCGUCGAGAUUUUGAAAAUACGACUGGUGUUGAAAAUGUAAAUACAACAGAGACAACGAACACUAACACUGAUCAUCCAGUUCAACAAACAAAUCCACCAUCAGCUGAUUCUGAAACAGCAGGACCGAGUCUCAAAUCAUUACUAUUUUGGCAAAAAUUAAUGUGUUUAUUAAAUUGUGUUAUCGUCGAAGAUUGUAAACUUUAUAGUUUGGUGUUAAAUCAAUUUCCAUCUGAACUCAAUGUUGGCCAGAAUAGUGCUGAUACACUAUGGAAAUUAUUAUCUGCUGAUUUAAAAGAACAUUUAGAAGAACAUGCCAAGAUUCCACCUGAAAAACGUGAAGUGAAAAGUACAGCGUAUAUGACAUUUCAUUUUAAAGUGAAAGGUUUUUAUAAUCAAUCAGUGAAAGCUGUUGUACCUGAAUCUAAAAAUCAAACACCAGAUUAUCCGAAAUGGUUUGAGCCAUUUGUGAUGCAAUGGUUAAAUGAAAACGAUGAUGUAUCGAUGGAAUAUUUACACAAUGCAUUGGAAAAAGACAGACAGACUGGGUUUCAACAAACAUCUGAACAUAAUCUAUUUUCAUCUUCUGUUAUCGAUGUUGAUACACAAUUAAAUCAAUGUCAUGGACUUAUAAAACAAUUAGAUUUAAAUGAUCCUAUUGUUAUUAAUAAAUAUAUGCAACGUUUUUCUGUAACAAUUAGUCAAGUAUUAUUGGGCUAUGCAAAUACCAUUCGUCGAACAUUUGAACAUUAUGCUGGACAAGAUCGUGUAUGUUCAAUAUUAUUGAAUAAUAUUCAACAAUUAAGAUUAAAAUUAGAAAAAUUAUAUGAACUUAUGGGUGGAAAUAAUUUAGAUGAAGAAUCUCGACUAAUGCUAAAUGAAUUACAGAGACAAUUGAGUGAUGUUUUAGAUGAAUUAAGUGCAAUGUUUGUUAAAAGUAUUGAGCCAACAAUUCGACAAUGUAUUGAAGAAGUGUAUAAACAAUUACAAAAUAUUAAAGGAUCAAAUAUGGGUGGUGGUGGACAAAAAGGACAAGAGGCAAUACUUGUUACUAAAUCCUUGUUCGAUUAUUUAGAUCAAAGAUUGACUGUAUUUGCUAAUCAAUGUGAAAAAACUGUAUUAAAACGUUUAUUAAAAGAAUUAUGGAAAGCUGUGAUCAUUGAUUUAGAAAAAGUUAUUGUUUUACCACCAUUUACAGAUUCAAAACAUUUAUUAACAAUACCAAGUGCUAAAAUUGAAGAUGCUUAUCGACUUUUAUCCGGGGAACUUGGCCGUGAUAAUGAUCGUUCAUUAACUCAAAAACAAUGUCAAGUACUCGAUCGUGGUUUAGAAGAUUUAAAAGAAUUUUUUCAUGCAAGUGGUCAAGGUUUAAAAAGAAAUUAUUUAGAAAAAACACAAGAAUUACAAUCAUUAAAAUAUGCCUUGUCAUUGUAUACACAAACAACCGAUAGUCUCAUUAAAACAUUUGUUAAAACCGAAAAAGAACAAGAUCGUCCAGCUCAAGAAGAGCCAUUUGGAGAAGUAUCCAUUCAAGUUGAUUUAUUUACACAUCCUGGCUCCGGUGAACAUAAAGUGACUGUUAAAGUCGUGGCUGCUAAUGGUUUAAAAUGGCGUACAUCGGGAAUAUUUCGUCCAUAUGUUGAAUUAACAAUGUGUGGACCUCAUUUGAGUGAUAAACGACGAAAACAUUCAACGAAAUCAAAAAAUAAUACUUGGAUACCGAAAUAUAAUGAAACAUUUCAUUUUAUGCUUGGUAAUGAAGAAGAACCCGAUUGUUAUGAAUUAAAUGUAUGUGUUAAAGAUUAUUGUUUUGCUCGAGAAGAUCGUUUAAUUGGUAUGAAUGUUAUUAAAUUGUCAACUGUUGUUGAACAAGGUUCAUGGUCAUCAUGGGUACCAUUAGGUUCUCGUGUGAAUUUUGAUGAUACCGGUUUAACAAUAUUAAGAAUAUUAUCACAUCGAACAAAUGAUGAAUUAGCUCGAGAAUUUGUACAAUUAAAAUCAGCCAGACGACAUAAAGAAGAAGUGUAG